AAUAUACCAUCAUUAACAUGUCUAACGCCACGAAAGACUCGCUGUACACCAACGAAGGGAACCUGUCGCCAUAAAUGCGUGUUAUUUACGAAGGAAGUAGCUUUAGCCCGCUAACCAACUUACGAGAGCACUUUCAACUCACGUUAUCCAAAUAUCAAGGCUAAACAUUGUGAUCUACAACCGCGACGUGUUUUAUUUCAAACGAGACGCGCACUGAAGUCAUGGAGGAAAUCAUUGGGGUCUGUGGUCUGGAAGCCAGAGGACUCGUUGAAGGGAGCAGUUCACCUCCGGAUGUGGAAACGCCAUCCCAGGAUAACGUGGAGGAUUUCACUGGGUUGGUGAGCAGUGAGGAGGAAAGAGGCGAGACGCCCGGAAGAGAGGAUAGUAACCCCGAUCCCCUCGAUGGGGAGCUGGACCCUAAAACCAAGGACCAGAAAGCGUUUGGUAAAGAGGUUUUGUUGCUGAUGCAGGCGCUUCAUACCUUAGCCACCCCAGAAGAAAAACUCGCUGCCCUUUGUAAGAAAUAUGCAGACCUGCUGGAGGAGAGUCGCAGCAUGCAGAAGCAGGUGAAGGUGUUGCAAAAGAAGCAGAACCAGGUGCUGAAAGAGAAGAUCCACCUGCAGAGCGAGCACAGCAAGGCCGUCCUGGCACGCAGCAAACUGGAGAGUCUUUGCAGGGAACUUCAGCGCCAUAACAAGACCCUGAAGGAGGAGAACGCUCUGAGGUUCAGGGAGUAUGAGGACCGGCGCAAGGAGGCGACGCUGCACUUCCAGAUGACACUCAACGAGAUUGAGGCUCAGAUGGAGCAGCACAACUCACACAACAGCAAGCUGCGGCAGGAGAACAUGGAGCUGGCCGAGAAGCUCAAAAAGCUCAUCGAGCAGUACGAGCUGCGGGAGGAGCACAUCGACAAGGUGUUCAAACACAAGGAACUGCAACAGCAGCUGGUGGAUGCAAAACUCCAGAGGACGGCAGAGCUGAUGCGAGAGGUGGAGGAGAAACAGCAAAGAGAAAGAGAGUUUCUUCUUAAGGAUGCGACUGAGUCCAGACAUAAAUGUGAGCUGAUGAAGGAGCAGGAGCAUCAGUUAAAGCAGCAGCUCACUCUGUAUAUGGACAAGUUUGAGGAGUUUCAGACCACCCUCGCCAAGAGCAACGAGGUCUUCACCACCUUCCGACAAGAGAUGGAGAAAAUGACAAAGAAGAUCAAGAAGCUUGAGAAGGAGACCACGCUUUGGAGAACCAAAUGGGAGACCAAUAACCAGACUCUACUGCAGAUGGCCGAAGAGAAAACGGUGCGAGACAAGAAUUACAAAGCCCUCCAAGGGAAACUGGAGCGUCUGGAGAAGCUUUGCAGGGCCCUGCAGAGAGAACGCAACGACCUGAACCAGAAACUCCAGGACCUUCAGGGCCCAGCGAAAGAUCCUGAGGAAGAAGGUACGGGGCCUCCUGACCCUCAGCCGCAGGGGCUCAACCCAGAGAUGGAGAGAGAAGUAGAGGGAGAGAUGGAGGGUUUGGUGCCUGAAACAGAGAAACUCGGGCUUCAGCCUGAGGAAGCGGGCACCACAUCAUCCAGACAACUCAUUGACGACUGAGCCUGGCCUUCUAGUGGCCUUUCUUUUUUUUUUUUUCUUUUUUUUUGUGGAGGUAUAUAUUUUUGUCUAACAAUUAUCAGAAAAAAUUGUGAGGAAAAAGCAGGACAUUAGUGAAGACGCUAACUGCUCUAUACGUUGGUAAUCCGCUUUGUGGAAAGCACUUUUUACUCCCUGUUUUCUAUCACAUUGUAUUUUCGUAGGAAAUGGUCAUGUGGUCCGAAACGGGCCACCAUGCAGCUUUGUUUCGUAUGUUUUCCCCCCAUUCUCUGCUCAGCUGAGCUGUGCUUGCAAGGUUUUGUUUCUCUUUAAUAAAAUGUAGCUCUUCGCUCUGACCUCUAAAAUCUGAAUAAAUCAUUUUGGAUGCAUAUGAUGUUUAAUACUGCUAUUUUAAAUUAACCGUUAAUAGUCAGCAAGCCAGUCCAGCUAACCUUGAUAACCUUGAGACAGGGCAUUUAUAACAGAGGAGAUGCAUUAAUACACUCAACUACUCAUUGGCACUUUGAGUCUGAGCCAAGCCGGACUUCUGUUGCUUUGAUUAAAAAGGACUUUAAAUGUCUUGGAAAUAAGAAAACAGUCAAGACUCUCCUUGCUGCCUGUGACUGGUUUUUAAAAUGGGGAUCUGAUUAAGGGCUAGUUUGACUUUAAAAAGGCUGCUACAUCUCCAUCAAUGAUGUGAAAUACUAAGACAGGGUCAAACAGUCUCACUCCGCUGAAGUUUAAAGGCACUUCCAAAACAAAGAUUCACAUAUAAUGUGCUCACCCUAUUGUGAUCCAAGAUGUUUGUGUCUUUCUUCGUUCAGUCGUAAAGAAAAAGUUUUUUGAGGAAAACAUUUCAGCAUUUUUCUUCCUAUAAUGGACUGAUAUGGUGCCCCGAUUUUGAACUUCCAAAAUGCAGUUUAAAUGCGGCUUCAAACGAUCCCAAAUGCGGUUGUAAAUGAUCCCAGCCAAGGAAGAAACGAUUGGUUAUUUUCUUUUUAAAAAUACAGUUUAAAUCCUUCUUUUUUUUUUGUUGUUGUUUUUUUUCUGAAACACUCGUCUUGCCUUGCUCUCGUUGAACUCUGUGUAUUCUGGCUCAAGACAGUUAGGGAAUGUGGAAAAACUCCAAUCGUAUUUUCUCCCUCAACUUCAAAAAUCAUUUCAAAGUCAUCGUACAUCACUGCAGAAGUACCGACCCAGUCUUUGGAAAGUGAACAUGCAAAGAAGAUCAAACACCUUAACCUAAAAUGUAAAACGGCAAUAUAGGGCGAUUUUGAAGUUGAGGAAGAACAUGAGAUGGGAGUUUUUCGACAUACCCUAACUGUCAUAAACUGGGAAAAAACAGUCCAGGCAGAGUAAGACAAGAUGAGCCUUUGACAUUAAGAAGUACAUAAAUUGUAUUAUUUUUAUGAAAAUAAUCAAUCGUUUCACUAGAUUAGACCCUUCUUUCUUGGCUGGGAUCGUUUACAAAACUGCAUUUUGGAAGAUCAACUCGGGGCACCUUACCAGUCCAUUAUAUGAAGAAAAAUGCCGAAAUGUUUUCCUCCAAAAACAUAAUUUCUUUACGACUGAAGAAAGACAUGAACAUCUUGGAUGACAAGGGGGUGAGUACAUUGUAUGUGAAUCUUCGUUUUGGACGUGAACUUCUCUUUUAACAACUUUCUACAGGAGGGACUUUUUUGUUGCAUGACAGAUGAAGAGAAAGCAUUCUUACCAGCAGAAAAAACUCACAUUCAUGCAUUUAUUUCAUUAAAAUUAAUUAAUUUAAUUUAGGAAACAGGGUAGUUGUUGUUGUUGGCCCAGGGUUUCAAAACCACCACAAGCCAGUCAACCAUUGGAUUAGGUGACUGAACCUGAUCAAACUGUAAAAUCAAGCUACUUUUUUACCAAAAUCAUAUAAUUCACUGUCAUUAAUUAAGAAAACCUCUUUGCUGAAUUUCUUUUUUGCUAAUUUACUAAAACUUUCCUUAAUAUUUGACAUGAAAGGGUCAUAUUAGGUGAGAAUCUCCUUCGUUUGAUUUGUUUUAUUAUCCUGAUGCUGCUGUUAAUUAGUCAGAUGACAGCUAUUGGUUUAAUUGAGUUUGUGUGUAAUUGCGUAAGUUACUCACCCAAACCUAUAAUUUACUCCAAACCUGUAUGUGGAGCACAAAAGAAAAUAUCGCCAAGAUUAUUUCUACUGUUAUAUAAAAGCUAGUGUGGUUAAAAACCACAUUGGACCCCACUGGUUUUCAUAGUCAUAUUUUAAAAAAAUACCGUAUUUUAUGUCAUACAGGUUUGGAGCAACAUGACAAUUUUUGGCGUUAUUUUCACUCUUUAACUGGACGUAACUGACUAAAAAUUCUGUCAUUUAAAAAGGGGCCUUGACGUAUUUAAUACUGGAUAUGCUGAAUGUGAUUUCUCUCCUUUUUUUUGGACUUUAUGAACAAGAAUAAAAAUGUUUGUAAUUCAAUGCUAACAUGUUCUGAAGAGCUGCAAACAUUGUUGAUACUGCUAAUGUGAAACUAUGUCGAGAACUAAACUGAUGAAUGUAGAAGUUGCCAAUUCCAUGUCUAAACAAACGAUCUGGUUAUGAUCACGCUGUGGACACAGGGUCUAGAAACACUUGCCUCCUCAGGUCCAUUACAACAUCUGGCUCUGUUCAUGUCCUGAUCUGAACCUCUGACGCGGGCCAGUACAUUCCUCAACGCUAAACACAUCCAGCGUUUUCAUUCAACGUGCACUGAACAUGAUCAUCUAUUUCUAAUAAGACAAAUCACAAAUCAUGUAAUGGAUGGAUGGCAAAGUGACAUAAGUGUAGAAGGACAAGCCUGUGCUGUUCAGUAGAAAACACGGGCUGAAUGUGUUUCAAUUUGCCAAACUGUAAAGCUCAACAGAAUGGAAAGGUAGAUCUUCACCAGCUUCUCUUUUUUGCUUCCCUAAAAAAACAAAAAACUGAUUUUGGAUAACAAUUUUGACUUUUAUUACAUCUCAGCACUUGAUUUGCAUUUCACCUCACUGUCAAAUAUUUUGUCUCCAGAAGCUUUUAUUUUGACAAACACAUCUGUAAUUGGGGUCAUGUUCAUUCUAAAUUUGUGGAGUUGUUGGUACUGUCGUUUGUAUCACUACUGCUUUUUUUUCUUUUCUUUUCGGUCAAUGCCCCGGUUUGAUUCUCAGGUUAUGCAAGAAAUCUACCUCUUUAGGUAAGACGUACUGUGAAAGAUGCUCAAUAGAGCUUUUCUUUCUCCCCCAGCUCAGCCCAUGACCCCUCUGAGAUUGUACAACGCUCUUGUAGUUCUGUCUUGCUUUUCAAUAAAACAUUUUGUAGAAUUUUC